AAUCACUCCGCCACGAUCCGGCCGUCUUUAUCCGUCGCGCGUUGCGUGUCUUAGUCAGCAGGAGUUGUAUCAUUUCGUUCGCAGGCGUUGCAUCCUUCGGUAUCGAGGUUCUUCAACUCGCUUUUUAAUCCGGAAGCCGGGCCAGUUCUGAUUUUUGUUCUUGAUUUUUCCCCGUUUUCGUAGGGCGCGGGCGCUGCGGUCAAAUGACUUGAUUAUUCCCGGAGGAUCCCAGUUCGGACCAGGAGUAUUUCCGUUGCUACAAUUAUCAGUUUCUGAAUGGGGUUGUUUGUGACGGUGCUGCUUCUGCUUCUCACAGCCGUGUCCUCCCUGUGUAGGCACAUCAUCGACCCGACACUCGGACUCGAUCGGACGCAGGAGUAUGCUCUCAUCAAAAGAGACGCCCAAGAUGAGACACCGCAAGAGGUCGCCUUCGACGAGUACCCGGUAGUUGUGCCAAAGCGAGCUGCUAUGCUAUUGGAUAGGAUAAUGUCAGCGCUUCAGAAAGCUGUGGACGAUGAUAACUCUAUGAGUUCAAAAAGAGAACCUAAAUUCAUCAGAGGCAACAAAACUUAUUGGAGAUGUUAUUUCAAUGCUGUUUCAUGCUUUUAAAUAUAAAUGUCUUCUUUAAGUCAA